AUGCUCUCCAAACCCCUUCUCUCAACCCUCUCGGCCCUCCUCCUCCCAAUCCUCACCCACGCUGACGAGCCCCAAAACUACGACGGCUCAACCUCCCUCUCGACCCCAGCCUACCUCUUCCCCGGCACCGGCUCCACAAUUCCGAUCCUCAACAUCGGCGCCGCGGCCGUCGCCUCGUGUGACAUCGGCAAGAAAUCCUGCGACAACGGCUGCAUCCCCAUCACCGGAACAUGCUGUGGCACGGGUUCGGGCGGGUACUGCGAGGUAGGCAAAUACUGCACCUCGGGUGGGUGCUGCCAAGUCGGCAAGACGUGCUCUGGUCCGCCUCAGGGAUGUAGUUCGGGGAAGGUGCUUUGCAAUGGGCUUUGCAUUCCUUCUGGCACAACGUACUACUGCCCGACUGGGGAGACGUGUGCGGGCGACAAGAAGUGUAAUAAGGGAGGCGGCGGUGGCGGAGGAGGCACUUCGUGUGGAGCUGGGGAGACGCUCUGUGGCACUGGGUGGAACACUUGCGUGGGCGAAAAACGUUGUAAUAGCGGAGGAGGAGGUGGUGGUGGUGGAAGCCAGUGUGCGGCUGGUCAGACUCCUUGCGGAUCGGGAUGUAUGCCAGCCGGUCAAGUCUGUUGCGAUACAUACUUCUGCGACGCCGGCGAGAAGUGUCUGGGGAACAAGAAGUGCGACAAGGGCGGCGGAUCUGGCGGCGGAAGUCAGUGUUCGGCGGGCGAAACUCCUUGUGGUACGGGAUGUAUGCCGGCUGGCCAAGUCUGCUGCAAUACCUACUACUGCGACGCCGGAGAGACGUGUGCUGGAAAUAAGAAGUGCAAUAAGGGUAGCAGCGGCGGCGGCGGAGGAGGAGGAGGAAGUCAGUGUGCGGCCGGCCAGACACCCUGCGGCACCGGAUGUAUGCCAGCCGGUCAAGUCUGCUGCGAAACAUACUUCUGCAAUGCAGGCCUCACUUGUGUCGGGGACAAGAAGUGUCGGAACCCCAACGGUGGAGGCGGCGGCGGCGGCGGCGGAGGUGGUGGUGAUGAUACAAGCGCGACAUCUAGUCUACUCGCGACGAUACCUGGGGGUGAAGCGGGGACUACGUCUCUGAGAAACUUCCCACAGCCCACGCAAACACUUGGUGGCGGCGAUGAUGGGCCGACAUCAUCGUCGUCGUCAAGAUCUUCGACGUCAACAACAAGGACAACAACGACUAGCGCAGCGCCGACGUCAACAUCGGCCCAAGGUGCCGCGUUUUUGGGAAAGAAUCUCGACGGCUCCGUCUUGGUCGCAGGCCUCCUCGUUGCAGCGCCCCUGGUUAUCUGA